AUGAAGAAAGGUAAGCAAAAGAUUCUUGAGAGUGAAGAUAUUCCACAAGCACGACAGGCUGAUCGAGCGCGAACAUUGUACUUAAUAUUUAUGGAGCAAUUGAACAAAGGAAGGAAGGAAGGAGCCUUCAUUGAGGUUGCUCAAGGCGAUGAAGCUUUUAAAUAUGAGGGUUAUGCGCUGACUCUUGGUCUCUUCAUCGUGAAAAUAGUGGAGUGA